AUGUCAAUCCGAAAUGUGUUAUUUCUCCUAGUAGCUAUAUGCAUUACAGCUUCUGGAAAUGCUCAACUACCGCAAUUUCCACUUCCGUUUCCGAUCCCACCCAGUACCGGCUUGCCACAAAGGCCCGACUUUACAAAAUGUUUGUCUACAUUGAUGAAUAUUCCCGGAUGUGUUGGAGAGAUCUCUCAAUCCACAAUGACCCAUAAUUUUGGUAACAUUGGUCCUGCAUGUUGUAAAGCUUUUUUAGAAGCGGAAGCUAACUGCACACCAAAUCUUCCUUUCAAUCCGUUUUUCAUUCCACUGUUAAAGGAACAUUGCUCCAGAGUUGCUAGUUCUCCAACCACACAGUAG